ACUUAGCCCAAAUUCAGCCAGUUAUGAUCCCAAUCGACAAUUGUUUAUCAUCCGCCUGGUCCUGGCACCAAGACAAGCUGUUCGAGCAAGCUCUGGUCAUGUUCUCCGACGACCAAUCGCCCGACCGCUGGGAAAAAAUCGCUGCUCAAGUUCCGGGGAAGUCGGUGAUGGAGGUUAAGAAACAUUACCAUGAUUUAGAGCAUGAUGUUUUAGAAAUCGAGUCGGGAAGAAUCGAGUUACCCAGCUAUGAGGGUGAGUUAGAACCCAGGAGUAGGAUUAACGAGUCAAGUGGGAGCCAAGUUUGGGCUGCAUCGAAGGGAAAGGAAAAAGAAAGCGAGAGAAAAAAGGGCAUCCCCUGGACCGAGGAAGAACACAGGUUAUUUCUUAUCGGACUUCAAAAGUAUGGAAAAGGGGAUUGGAGGAGCAUAUCGAGGAACGCCGUCGUUUCAAGGACACCAACUCAAGUGGCAAGCCAUGCACAAAAAUACUUUCUCCGAUUGACCUCGGCUAAUAAAAAGGAGAAGAAAAGAUCAAGCAUUCAUGAUUUAACAAUGGGAGAUGAACAACCCCAGUUUUUCAAUGAACAAGGAAGACCAUUUGUGAAUAAUCAUGAGUAUGAAUUCCCAUUGUUGUAAUUAAAUUGUCAAUUUACAC